AUCACAUCAACUUCAAAUGAUUCUUGUUUAUUUCUCAAUUUUGGUCUUUCCUGAGAGUACAUAUCGUUUUUGUAUUCACAAAUUUCCAAUCAACUCCCAGCUCAAAUCAUUUGACUAUACUUUCGGCAUGUCUAGCUAAGUCUAAUUAUUCCAGUCACACACACAUCUUGGAUAUACGGCUUGACUUUCAGGCCAAUUCAUUAAAUGCUUGUUCAUCAAUCAAUCCAAUCGCUCUAAUGCCAGCUACAGCUUGAAAAUUAUCCAAGUUUACGUGUUUAAAUUGUAUAUUUGUGUUUAAUACAAAUCGCCAAUUUCGCCAUGAUCUCAAAAAUUACCAAUACAUAUUGAACCGCGUCAAUUACAUGUUAAAAAAGUGAAAUGUAGAGAAUGAUGAAAAUUUAAAUUUUAUGGUUACUUUUCAAUAAAAAUAACUACCAUUUCACCAAGCAUCAAGCAAUCAUCAACACAAAAUAUUAACCGCAACACUCAAUGGCUACUUGAAGAUACAAGUGAAUCAAGAACCACAAUCAUCCAGUGAAACAGUAAUACAAGAGCAAUACAGUCGCGAUACUUGAAAUACUAAAACCUGAUAAAUUGUUGACCAAUACAUGUUAAAGUAGCAACUGUCAUGGCAAAAAAUGAGGAUAAAAUGAUAGGAUUUGAAUAAUGGUUGCAUUGAUUUGAUAAAAUCAAUAAUUGGACUAACUUUUCCUCUUAAAUUCACAUGACAAUCAUUACAGUGACAAGUUGUAAGAUUUUUCAGAUAACACUGAUGACGAUAAUAUAAUUUAUCCUGCUCGCUUUUCCUGCUACCCUGAAAGACACCAUGAGAGACGGCAGAGAGUGCAAAACUUUCUACAUCAUCAUCUUUUACCAAUACUUUAAGAUCUACUUCCGCCAUCUUAUUUUAAAUCAUUCUGUACUCACUCUCUUCUUUUUCAUCAAAUCGAUUUGCAUUACACGAAAUAUAUACCUUUAUAAAUAGAUGAUCCCAUCGACGGGUUUUGACGGCAACAAAAGAGGAGAGGGAAAGAAGGACGAGAAAAGAAAAGAAAGAGAAAAAACGAGUCCGUUUAUUUUUCUUUACGCGUUGCUACUUUAUUGUUGAUCCUUUGUUGUUUUCUUGUUCAAUUGCAAAAUUGUGGUGGUGGUGGCAGUUGGAGUAGUGUUAAUAGUGAACCUUGUCUGAUUGUUGUUUCAACAGUAGUGACAAUCUGGUAAUUUAAUUUACCUUGUUGACCCCUGUGAUCACUAUUUUGGUGACUCUCAUUCUGGUUGCUCUUUCGCACAUCAUUAUCGUCUGCUUUUUUUCCCUCCUUCACUUGGCCAAAUCAUUUAACUGAUUCACAAGUUAAAUUAUGAAGUAUCAACGUGUUCUCUUUUUAAUUGUGAUGAUUAUGGUUCUUCUGAUGGUGUUUUUUGUUGAAAAUACACAAGCCAUAACAAAUGUUUCACAAAACCUUUUAUGGAUUGAAUGGAUAUCAUUUUCAGCUAGUGUUUCCCUCAUUGGAAUACUUGUUAUUUACUAUUCCAACAUUGUUCCAGAAGGAGUUCAAAGGAUAUUUAAAUAUGGCAAAGCUGCGGAACUUCAUGUUCAAGGAAUCAAAAAGUGCAAUAAAAUUGAACUUCCUAAAAGGUGGUUCUACCACUUUUACCUGUUUGCAACAACAUUCUAUCUAUUACUAGCUUUUUCCGUUCUUCAAGUAUAUCUCUUGAAGACGAGUUUACCUAAAUAUGUUCAAAUAUUGUUAAACUCGAUCGUUGGGGUUCACCGAAAGUCAAAUGUGACCCCAGAAUCGGUGAUGAUUGCCAUGGCUUUAAUCAUUGUCCAAGUGAGUCGCCGGUUGUGCGAAUGUAUAUUUUUAAGUGUUUACUCGGAUGCCAAGAUGAACAUAGUCCAUUACAUUUUUGGUUUCUCUUUUUAUUUUGGUGUUGGUCUCUCAGUUUUAACAGAGGCUCCAGGCUUUGCCAGCUUAGGUCCCGCUUACGUCCACAUGAGUGGAAACUUUAUCACUUGGCACCAUAUUGUAGGAGUCCUAUUAUUUGCUUGGGCUUCCUCUUUACAAUACCAAAGUCAUGCAAUUCUCGCUGAAUUAAGAAAAGAUAACAAAGGUCAAGUUGUCAGCUAUUCACAUUCCAUACCGAAAGGAGGAUGGUUUGAUUACAUCUCUUGUCCUCACUACUUUGCUGAGAUUCUUAUUUACUUUUCAAUUUGUAUUGUUUUCGCUGGGCGAAGUACAACAUGGUGGAUGGUUUGCGGUUUUGUGCUUACCAACCAAAUAAUUGUCGGUUUAUUCAAUCAUCAUUGGUACCUUAAAACUUUCAAGGAUUAUCCUAAAACAAGGAAAGCAGUUAUACCUUGGAUCGUUUGAGAGGAUAAACUGUUAACCUAUUUUACCAAAGGAUGUUUAAUAAUCGCUAUUAUUUUAUUAGUACUUCUCUUUUAACUUAAUCAUUACUCCAAUGUGCGUUGCCACAGCAUGUUGGAAGUUAUUCAAUCGUCAUUGUGGUUGAUGUUACAAGCUGACUGCUAAUCUAAACGGUGACAGAAAACGGAACUUUUUUCGUGGCUUUUACCAAUCAUCAUUGCUUCAUGAUCAUUUUCAUUAGAAAAACAAAUCCAUUAUUCAUCAAGACACUUUUUAAUCUAUUGAACAAUUUAUUUAAUUUUUUAUCUUUUCUUCAUCAUUGUUUCACUCUCACACAAAAACAAGAUCAUACACCAGCUCAUCUUGACCAAAUCUGGCCCAAUUUUUCAUACACCAAUCCAAGUCCAUUCAAAUUUUGUUAUUAUUGUCUUUUUUGUUAAACAUUUUCCACUCAUACAAACAUAAUUAUAAAAAUUAAUAUUAAAUUUUGAAUACAAAUCUAUGAA